AUGCCGGAGUCCUGCUCCCCUACUUCUCCCGGGAAAAAUCCCAGCCUUGCUCUUAGAUUUGUCGAUUCGGCACAUUCAGAACCAAAAAAGAAGAAGACCCACAAGAAGAGCAGAGGCGGAUGCGUAGCAUGUAAGAAGAGGAAAGUAAAGUGCGAUGAAAGACUCCCCUGUGCGAACUGCCUCAGGCGGAACGAGACUUGUCAGCCAUCCCAAAAGCCUUCAUCUUCCGAAAAAGAGACUUCGCCUGUCCAUGAACGGCCGUUGGAUCUUACAGGCCCCGUGAACCUCCUUCACAUGGAGCUUUUUCACCACUUCCAGCACACAACGGUUCCCACGCUCUGCUUCGAUGAAGUAUGGGGCCCAGCUAUAUGUCUUGCAUUCAAGGAGGAAUACCUCAUGACCGCUAUGCUAGCCAUUUCAGCGCGUCAUCUCAGUAUUCUACGACCUAAAGAGCCGGCCUAUGCACAAGCGGCAAUGGUGCUCCUUUCAAGGAGCUGUGCUGUCUUCAGUGCUGCCCUGGACCGCGAAGACGGCGGCGAGAAACACAACACAUUGUUCUUCACGGCCAUGCUCAUACACUAUCUCACAUGGUGCAAUCUGGAGUUUCUAGAGGACCAGCGGGCACCAGUUGGCGACUCAAGGCUAGACCUCAAAGGUGACCAACUCUUCCUCCUCAGUUCCGGCGUAAGGGUGUUCUUAUCAGGUACGAGGGCGCACGGCUCGGAGAGCAUCUUUGCCAACAUGUCCUCAAUCUCCCAAUGUAGUGCGCUCGAUACCAUUGUUGAGACUCAGGGAAUGGACUGCGACAGCAUAAUCGAGGAAUUCAUGCAGCUGUACGACGAGAUAGCGGCGACUGCUUCCGACCCAAAUACUACGAACCAGAGCGGUUCACCGGACAGAAUCGACCUGGAGCGCGACGCCUACCGCGGGAUCGUCACACGUCUAUCCGUCAUCCUUGCGCUCCUGAAGCAUAAAGACUCAAACAAUUCGCCGCCGCAGAGGUCUGACCUCGAGCGCUACAUCUUCUCGUUUCCUCUUUUCUGCUUCGGCAUUUUCCUGGAUUUGAUCACCAGCGGCGACUCCAGAGCCUUUCUCGUGCUGUAUCAUUUUUAUCGGACGUCGCGGCUGCUCCUGGGGACCGAGGGGUCGUGGUGGGCAUCAGAGAGGUUGGAGACCAUGGAGGGUUUGAUCGAGGCAGAGUUAAAGGCAAGAGGGGUCCCGACCUCCGUCACGCAAGUCGGAGGCCUAAAAUUAGCAUGGCAAACCGCAUAA